AUGCGCGCUCAAUUUCUCAUCAUUCUUCUAGUCCCGCCAAUUUUUGUCGCCAAUGAGUUGGGCGGCUUCGUUUGUCGACUACCUAAAAAUGUUGGCUACACGUGCGGCGUCACCACUCCGCAUUCGGCGUUCUAUUUCGACUCCGAUAUUAAGGAAUGCAUCGAGUUCAUGUUCGAAGGAUGCGGCGGCAAUCAGAAUCGAUUCGCCACCAAGGAUGAGUGUAUGAGCGGAUGUCGGAGUUUGACCUCCUGCGGCAAAGGAAUGCCAUUGAUGGACUUCGCCGGCAACAUCAAACGAUGCGACGGCGAACGGGUGCCGUGUCCGGGCAGCCACGAAUGCGUCGGCAGCGGCAUGUCGAGCGUGUGCUGCCAGAAAGCCGAUCGCAUCUGUCAGUCGUCGGUGCAUUUGGGCACACCGUGCGGUGUGCCGCCGACGACGCGCUUCUAUUUCGAUUCGUCGUCGAAAACGUGCCGGCCGUUCACCUACACCGGUUGCGGCGGAAACGAGAACAAUUUCAAGACGCGCGGCGAAUGCAUGACGUUCUGCAACACCGAGGUGAUCUGCCCGAGAGGUGAACCGCACGCCGAUCGAUAUUCGAUCAAUAAUAUUGCGUCGUGCAUGGAAGACCGACACUGCCCGAGAAACUACACGUGCACGGCGCGCGGCGGCAAGAAAGGCGCGUGUUGUCCGAGUAAAGCUUUCGUUUGCGGCACACCGUUCGAGGCGAAGAACAACUGCCGACGCGGCAGCGGCGAGCCGAUGAAGACGUGGUGGUUCGAUUAUCGCAAAGGCGAGUGCCGCGAGGCGGAGCACUCGAAUUGCGAUGAGCACUUCAACUCGUUCGCCAAUCAGGAGCAAUGCACCGAUUAUUGCAUCGGCACGUGUCCCAAUGGUCUCGACGUGCAUUUGAAUCGAAAAACGGCGCAGCCGGUGCUGUGCGAUUUGAUCAAAAAUGUUGGAUGUCCGAUGGGUUAUGAAUGCCUUAAAAGUAGUCCGUAUGCUUCGAUUUGCUGCCGAACCCAUCCGACGUGCCCGUCGGCGGAAUCCCUAUUGCUUCUUGACGAGACCAACGAGGCUCGUCGAUGUUCGCCGACGCGAAGCGACGCGUGUCCCGACAAUUAUUCGUGUCAGCAGGCGAAAAACGCCGAGUUCGUUUGUUGCACGAAGCCGCUCGAAUGUCCGACGGGGAUGAGCGCGUUGCGCGAGAAUGGCGGAAGGCCGCGCGUGUGCUCCAUCGGCGUCGACGGCAAUUGUCCCGACGAUCAUAUGUGUGUGUUGGGUGAAGGCUCAAUCGCGAACUCUCGCCAUCUGUGCUGCAAGCCGCACAAGAAGUGCGUGAUUCCGUUCGUCGACGUCGCCAAGAAGCGUCCGCAACGCUGCCAUCCCGGCGACGCCUCGUGUCCGCCGUCGACCGACUGCCUGCCGGCGCUCGAGGACUCGGCCAACGUCACCAACGCCAUCGACGUGAUGUUCUUCUGUUGUCACACCGUCAACAUUUUCACGUGUCCCGACGGCGCCUCGCCGCUUCUCAAUCCGACGACCGGCAAUCCGGACGUGUGCCGACCGUCGAAUCCGUUGUCGUGUCCGUCGGAGCACACGUGCACACAGCUCAUCGACGGCACCCAUUCGUGUUGUCCGAUCGGCGUCGAGAUGUGCUCGGAGGCGCUGCUCGACGACGACGACGCCGCGCCGCGUCAAUGCCGCGCUUGGGACGACAAUUCGUGUCCGCUCGGCAUAUGCCAGAAGGCCACCGACGGCCGCUACUAUUGCUGUCGGCCGACUCAGCCGAUAUUGUUGAACAGCGCCCACGUGGUGCCGCGCGUCUCGAUGUUUCCCACCGAUCGCAUUCGCACGUUUCUGCGGAACGCCGCCAGCCGCCUCGGCAUCCAAUACACCGACGAGAUACCGGUGAAGCGGCGACGAGAGCCCGACUAUCUCAGAUUGCUCAAGAGGACUCGACGAAUGCUGGUGUGA